GAGAGGAGGAUCAAUACAAAGACUAUGGCUUGGCGGGGGGGACUAAUAGUUACAUAUCACUAGGUCUAUAGCUAAAAGGAAAUAAAUCUUCUGAUAUAAUGCGGCGGCGCAGUUCUGCUUUAUGGCAGGGCGAGCAUUUAGUUAGUCUGGUGUCCUGUUUGAGAUGAUGAGUUUUGUUUUGGGACUUUGCCCACAGUAAAGAUGGCGGACGCGCUGUAUUGACGUCAUGUAGUACCUUUGCCCUGAGGAUCUGUAGCGAGCUGAGUAUCAGCCUGGGAGAUACACAGGGGAUUAUUACCAGAGUUGGCAAAUCCAGUCCAGUGUGCCUGCCAAGGAGCCAACCGAUGAGAGGGAGAUAGAGGAGGAGGAGAAGCGGGUGAGAUCCAUAUUACUCUGAGCUCUGCCUGAUCAUCUCAUCUGGGCCAACUCGCAGGCAUCAGCCUGGUCACAGAGAUGAAGACUCUACUAGUUUUUGAUUUUGACCACACAAUUGUCAAUGAUAACAGCGACACAUGGAUUGUCCAAUGCGCCCCAGAUAAAACGCUCCCGAACGUUCUGCAAAAUUCCUAUGAGAAGGGAAAAUGGACAGAGUAUAUGGGCAGGAUUUUCACCUACCUUGGAGAACAGGGAAUACGAGAGGACGACAUGAAAAGAAUUAUGAUCUCCAUCCCAUAUACACCAGGCAUGACUGAGCUUCUCCAUUUCAUUGGCCAGAACAAGGAUCACUUUGAUUGCAUCAUCAUCUCCGACUCAAACACCAUCUUUAUUGACUGGAUUCUGACGCACGCAAAUGUUCACAAUGUUUUCGAUCAGGUAUUUACCAACCCCGCAGCCUUUGAUCGGUUUGGAAAUCUCACCGUCCAGAAUUUUCAUGUCCAUCACUGCGCAUCCUGCCCCAGGAACCUAUGCAAGCGGAAGGUAUUAGAAGAAUUCAUAGCCAAGCAGACCGGCGAUGGGGCUCGGUAUUCUAAAAUCGUGUAUAUUGGCGACGGCAGCAACGACCUUUGCCCGGUCACUUUCCUGAAGAAGGGAGAUAUUGCCAUGCCGCGGGAAGGCUAUUCACUACAGAAGCAUAUCGCUAAGGAGAGCGAAUUAAUUGAUUCGUCCAUAAGCAUAUGGUCUACAGGCAAUGAAAUAUUGGCUCAUCUGAAACUCUUGUUGGAGAAGUAAAACUUUUAGUAUAACAUUUUUAAUUAUUUUAUUCACUUGCAAACAAAUAUUAAAAGGUUUCCCUUGAUUUCAAGUUUUCCCUUCAAUGAAGCAGAUAAUCAUCUAACUUCUCUUGUGAUUGACUGGCAACAAGCAACUGAUGCGUCCAGUUAAAUAGAUGUGAAGGGACUACUUGCACCUGUUUCCUGAGACGGCUGGAAACAAUUUGCAGCUGUAAGAAGGAAGCUAUAAUGAUUGUCUUAAAGCAGAAUUUUAAUAUGCUUAUAUUUUUCCUUCUCUGGUUCUUCUCCCCCCCUCAUAAACAUACUAAAUAAAUAUUAAAAUAAAA